UUGUUUGUCCAUUUUAGGGAUUGGGGGAUUUAAAAAAAUAGUCCCUCAUAAUCGCGCCAUGCUGCUCUGGAGAACAGCACUGUUUUUUGUUCUUGUUGCUCUCGCCGCAGCAUUGGACCUUGUGGACAAUUCAGGAUGUGUGUCCGAAGGAAUGGAAUGUGAUUCUACUGAAGAGUGCUGUUCUGGCGGCAUGUCCACAUUGUGUUCCUCAGGCAAGUGUCGGUGUUGGGGCGGGAUGCAGUGGCGAGCGUCCAUCCGACGCUGCGUGCCCAUCUACUCCUUUGGCCGUUUCGAUCCCGGCGGAGACGAUUACGACCUCCAUCCACACGAAGAAUACGUCCCCCCACCGGUUGUUCCCACGUGGAAACCCGAACCCCGGACGACUCAGACGUCGUCGGAAGGCGUCGAGCUGGCAGUUCAGCAGCAGCAACACGGCAGCCGUGUUAGCGGCGGGUUCCAGUCGCGUCUCUUCCGCCUCUAA